CCGCCGUUCAUUUCAAUGGAUGAAAAUCAACGGUGGAGACUCUCGAUCCGCGUCAUCUGUUCUUAUUGGCUGUCUUUAACCCCUACGCAACCUAUAAAAACACCAAGCAGCCAUUACAUCGUCAUCUACAUUCUACCAACAUCUCACUACUACACUUCAGUUUUAAAAGUCCAAGCAAUGGCCGGAAGAGGAAAGUCGAUUAAGUCCACCGCCGUGGCCAAGAAGUCGACAUCUCGUAGCAGCAAGGCCGGACUCCAGUUUCCGGUUGGUCGUAUCGCUCGUUUCCUCCGAACCGGAAAGUACGCUGACCGGAUCGGUGGCGGUGCUCCUGUUUAUCUCGCCGCCGUCAUGGAGUACCUUGCGGCUGAGGUUCUUGAGUUGGCCGGAAAUGCCGCCAGAGACAACAAGAAAACUCGAGUUGUGCCUCGGCAUAUACAGUUAGCUGUGAGAAACGAUGAAGAGUUGAGUAGAUUGCUUGGAGCUGUUACGAUUGCUAAUGGCGGAGUGAUGCCCAACAUUCACGCUCACUUGCUUCCAAAGAAGGCGUCUGUUGCAUCUUCUAAAGAUGAUGAAUAGGUUUCCGAUUAGGAUUUUGGAUUGGUUUCUCUGUUGUGGUGGCAUUCGAUUGUGAAUGAUAGAUUUGGGGAAUAUAAUUUGAUUAUGCAAUUGUAAUUCAAAAUUAUGAAUGAUGUUGUAUCUAAUGGAAUGUCGAUUGAUUAGUUGAA